AUGGCAAGGCUAGGGCACACCAAGUCCCGAAAUGGUUGUUGGAGAUGCAAAAAGCGGAAAGUCAAGUGCGAUGAAAAGGUUCCGUGCACCGCAUGCAGACGCCAUGCCGUCCGUUGUAGCCUUGAAGUGGUGUCAGUUGCAGAAACAGAUGCACAUGUCAGCCACAAGGUGCCAGGAGGCGGGGAGCACAAGGGAGAAGAAUCACCCCGCGAAACGGUGCAGUCAACAGAAGAGAAGGACAGACGGGACAGCCGGGACUGGGGAAUGGCAAUGACCCACGUGAGUUUGGCAUCCGUUGGAGAAAUCUCGACAUCUCCGUCGUCUGUUGUUGGCAGUGCAACACGGCGCUUUGAUGAACAGUUCUCGUUAAGAUCGGAGCCGUGGCACAUCACUGCUUUUGGAAACGCCUCAGUGCAACCUGGAUAUUGGUUGCCUGCCGUCGAACUCAUGGUUCACUGGACUACCGACGCGUAUCGCACGUUUUCCUACUCCCCUCAAACGACCGAAAGGCUACGGACCCUCGUGCCUCAGUUGGCGCUCUCUAGCGAGUUCUUGAUGCAUGAGCUUUUGGCGUUUUCUGCCCUCCACCUUGGCCAUGUUCACCUGGGCCGACGACAGGUAUAUCUUCACCAAGCCGCAUGGCACCAAGAUCAAGCAGUCGCAGGCUUACGGGAGGCGCUCCUUAAUACACUAACCCCGAAAAACUGCAAGGCCGUAUAUGCCUCGUCAAUACUCGUCGUCAUUUGCGCAUUUGCCUCGCUUCCAAGCGGCCAAGACGGCAAUUCCAUCCCCCAAGCUUUUGAUCGUUUGCUCAACAUCUUCCCUCUCAUAACCGGCCUGGGUGCCAUCUUAUCGGCUUCAAACGCAGACAGCAGCCUACCGACCCUGAGAGGGCUUUUUGCUGGAUCAGACAAAAACACUCCGGGCUUACAUCAUCAUCAUCAUGACCUAUAUGAGCUCGUCGAUCGACUUACCAGACUUCGGGGACAGCUGGCGAACAUAGAGCAGGUUCGAGAGACUACCCAUCAACGACAAGAGACUCGGCAUAGUUCAGCCACACUACUCGAGAGUUUCAAGGACUGCGGUCCUGAAGCUUCUCGUAUGUCGGGAAUUCUUGUCCCGGCAGAAAUUCUUGCCGUGUUUCUUUGGGCACUGCGAGCCCCCAGAGCGUUUCCUGAUCUUGUCCGCAAAAACCAUUGUCUGGCUCUGGUUAUUCUUGCCCAUUACAGCGUACUGCUUUUUUACGCGUCAAAAAGCUUCUGGUUUCUGAGGGGAUGGGCAGAUGUUGUGAUGACUACUGUCGAGGAGAGGUUGAAAGGGUCUGUCUGGUCAACAUUGUUGGAAUGGCCUGCUUCUGUCAUACGUAGGGAAGUCCCCAGUUGA